AUGGUGGCCCCCAACGACGAAGUGGCGGUCACAGCCGGCACGAUGGAACGGAAGGACGACGAGUGUGACAAUCAUCAUCAUCAUCAUCAGCAGCAUCAAAAGCAAAUCCAACAAUGUCUUUCGUCGUGUACGUGUUCCUGUACGGCCUAUGGCAAAGUGUGUCCUGCCAGUGCCAUGUUGGCCAGCAAGGCCGCUGUGGACGCCGUGCUCAAGCUGCAAGAGAAUUCCGUGCUCUUUGACAACAAGAACAAGAAAGACUGCAUGAACCUCCGCAAGUUGGAUUGUGACGAUUUGGACGUGGAAGAAACUUUGGGAGAAGGAGGAUUCUGUACCGUCAAGGCGUGUACUCUCAAACAGCACUUACUAUGCGGUGAAGGUGAAGACCCCCAACCACUGGCCAUGAAAUUCCUCAAGCGGUCCAUCAUGGCCAAUCGAAAACAGUUUGCACACGGAGCCGCCGAUUUGGCACAAGAAGCCUACUUUCUACACGCACUACGAGGUCAUCCCAACAUUCUCAAUCUGUAUGCCGUCACGGCAGGAGACUUGGCAUCCAAUGUCAGCAUGUCCAACAACAAUAACAACAAGUAUGGACUGUUCAUUACAGUGGAUCGCCUCUAUUCCACGCUAGAGCAAACGCUGGAACAAUGGCGGCAGGAGCAACAAGAACAAAAGGAACCACUCUUUGCCUUUAUCACCAACAGUAUGAGCAGUGAACACAAACAGCACAAACGAAAUCAGUUCAUUCAGAGAAUACAAAUUGCCAUUCAAAUUGCUACGGCCAUGCAGUAUUUGCAUCAACAUCGGGUCGUCUUUAGAGAUCUAAAGCCGGACAAUAUUGGCUUUGAUAAGGACGGGACACUCAAGAUUUUCGAUUUUGGAUUGGCCAAGGAACUCAAACCCAACGAAUCACAUGCCGAUGGACGAUACCAGCUCACGGGAAACACCGGCAGUCGACGAUACAUGGCACCCGAAGUUGCCAAGGAAUUGCCAUACAAUCAAACGGUCGAUGUGUACUCGUUUGGAAUUCUACUUCAUGAAUUGCUCUCGGGAGAGAAACCAUUUUAUGGGUAUAGCAGUGCCAAACACAUGGCAAACGUUGUCAUGGGAGGAGAACGACCACAUGUAGACAAACACUGGCCCAUCAAUCUACAGUGCCUCAUGAAACGAUGCUGGAGUCCUUUCCCCAAUGCACGGCCUGACUUUACCACCAUUCUACAAACACUCCAAGAAGUACUACUAGCACAACAACAACCACAACACCACAAUCAUCAUCCUCAAAAGGAACCACAAGAUUGCAGUACUACGAGUCCCGAACCGACCACAACCACAAGUAGUCCAACCACAAAAACCAGGUCAUCAUCCAUGAUGGCACCAUCCGGUGGCUUGGCGGCCUUGUUACGACCCAAACGAGCCAUCCGAUCCAAGUCUCAUGGCAGCCACGAUGACAGCAGUCCACCGCCGUCUAUCCCACGACCCUAUCUCGGAAAGAGAGGCAUGUCAUUGGGAGGGCUCUUUUCGUCGUCUUCUUUUCGAAAAUGA